AUGGCUUCCGACAAGUCCGCCGUUGAGGAGAGCGACGAUCUCUACCGUGAUCCUACAUCGGCCGGUCGGACAUCUGGUGAGGAGCCCGCGGCUGUACGCACAUCUGCAACGGAAGACGGGACAUCAGCUCCCCGCCCAUCCACGGCCAAGGAUGACUCUUCAAACUCUCCGACGUCACCAACAUCGCCGACAAAGAAACGCCUGACGGGCCUCUUCAGCAAGUUCAAGCGCCGCUCCAAGCACACCUCUGAACCCGGCUUCAUCGGUGGCGCCACUCUCCGCAACUCGGAAUCAAACCCUCAAUCGAACCAUGAGUCCACCCACGGUAGCCCGGCCCCUAAUCAUAUACCCAACGUUAAUGACGAGGACGGCGGCCACUCGGACGUCUCCUCUUUGUCCACUCACUCAGCCAGAGGUCGGCCCAUGGAGCGUAAUGUGUCGCAAGAGUCGAAAGUGUCCGAGUUGAGCAAUUAUGAAGAGGCUAGGGACACCUUCAACGAGAAUCUCGCGCCGCCCCCGAGCUUUGGGACGGAUAUCAACGCGAGGAACAGCGGGAGUCCUGUCAGGGACUCGAAGUUCCACGAGGUGCUCUGA